GAUACGGACGAUGUGUUAUUGCCAGUGGACAUAAACAGGCAUUUUAUUCAAAAUUUAAAACCGAGUCAGAUACAUUCACACACUCGACCGUAUUCUGUGAUUAUUGCGCGCGCAGCGAGCGUCGACGUCUUUUUUUAUAUCACGCGUUUCAACGUUUUUUUCUUACAAAAUGUUCACGUUGUAGCUCGCUCGCUAACCGACCAGCUGGCUAACAGAGAGCAGUUACUAGCUAGCUAUCUACCACAGCCAAGCCGCCGUGAAGUGGAGAAUGGGAGAAAAGCUGGAGCUAAAGCUCAAAUCGCCGGUUGGAGCAGAACCCGCAGGCUAUCCGUGGCCGUUACCAGUAUACGAUAAACAUCAUGAUGCUGCUCAUGAAAUCAUCGAGACCAUUCGGUGGGUGUGUGAGGAGAUCCCUGACCUUAAACUGGCCAUGGAAAACUACGUACUCAUUGACUACGACACCAAGAGCUUUGAGAGUAUGCAGAGACUUUGUGACAAGUACAACAGGGCCAUCGACAGCAUUCACCAGCUGUGGAAGGGGACUACCCAGCCCAUGAAGCUGAACAAGCGUCCUUCCAACGGGCUGCUGAGACACAUCCUACAGCAGGUGUACAACCACUCAGUGACCGAUCCAGAGAAACUGAACAACUAUGAGCCUUUCUCCCCUGAGGUGUACGGAGAGACCUCUUUCGACCUGGUAGCUCAGAUUAUCGACGAGAUGGAAAUGAUGGAAGACGACACCUUUGUUGACCUCGGCAGUGGUGUUGGGCAGGUAGUGCUGCAGGUUGCAGCAGCAACUAACUGUAAACACUACUACGGUGUAGAGAAAGCAGACAUUCCAGCUACCUAUGCAGAGUCCAUGGAUAAAGAGUUUAAAAAGUGGAUGAAAUGGUACGGGAAGAAACAUGGGGAGUACACACUGGAGAGAGGUGACUUUCUGUCUGAAGAAUGGAAGGAAAGGAUCGCCAACACAAGUAUUAUUUUUGUGAAUAACUUUGCCUUUGGGCCAGAGGUAGAUCAUCAGCUGAAGGAGCGCUUUGCUAACAUGAAGGAAGGUGGAAAAAUUGUGUCCUCCAAACCUUUUGCACCUUUAAAUUUUAGAAUAAACAGUCGAAACUUGAGUGAUAUUGGCACAAUAAUGCGUGUGGUGGAGCUUUCUCCACUGAGGGGCUCCGUGUCCUGGACUGGAAAGCCGGUGUCCUACUACCUGCAUACCAUAGACCGCACUAUACUUGAAAACUAUUUUGCUAGUCUCAAAAAUCCUAAACUCAGGGAGGAGCAAGAGGCAGCUAGGCGACGUCAGCAGAAGGAUACCAAGGACAGUAAAAGCAAUAGCACCACGCCCACAAAACCGAAAGAACAAAUCAAGCAGGACUCCUGCAGUGAGGAGGAGCGUCCUAGCUUGGUGACAGUGGUCAAGCCCACUGCCAAACCCCGAAGAGCCCGACUAUUGCCCAAAGCUCGCAAGCUGAACAACAAGAAACGUGGUCGACCCAAGAAAGCCGCCCCGGCUGCAGAGAAGAAAAACAAGAAGAAUCAGAGCGCGUUGGAUCUGCUGCAUGCCAAGACCCUUUCUGCAGCACCCCCUCAGGAUGCAUACCGGCCACCUCAGAGUCCCUUCUACCAGCUACCUCCCAAGGUUCAGCACUAUCCCUCUAGUCAACUGCUUCUGAGCCCGACUCCUCCUGGUCUGCAACAACUGCUUGAUAACAUCAAAGUUCAAUACCUCCAGUUUAUGACCUACAUGAAGACCCCUCAGUACCGCUCUAACCUGCAGCAGCUCUUGGAACAGGAGAAGCAAAAACACAGGGACCUGUCAGGGCAGGCGGAGCAGCUCCACUCUGUUUGUCAGACACACAAGGACAAGAUCAAAGGUCUCUUUCAGACUAAACUAGAUGAGCUGGGAGUGAAAGCCUUGACUGUGGAGGACCUGCUGCAGGCCCAGAAGGAGAUAUCAGCCCACAAUCGUCAGCUGAAAGAGCAGACUAAGCAGCUUGAGAGAGACAUGGCCUUGCUGAGAGACCACAGCCUGCUGCUGCUGAAGUCUCGAUGUGAGGAGCUGAAGCUAGAUUGGGGCUCUUUGUGUCUGGAGAGUUUGUUAAAGGAGAAGCAGGCACUACGCAGACAAAUCUCUGAGAAGCAGAGACACUGCUUGGAGCUGCAGAUCAGCAUUGUGGAGCUGGAGAAAAGUCAGAGGCAGCAGGAGCUGCUUCAUCUUAAAUACAGCCCCUGUGACGGCUCCCCAUACAGAAAGGGCCUGGAAUCACGCUCUUCUGCAGACAUGGACUCCUCUAAACUCGGCCUGUCCUCGGCCCCGACCCUCAACGGCGUCAGCCCAGAGCUGUCGAUGAAUGGCACCAGCUCACCAUGUUUCGAUCGGGCCAACACAAAGGGGGAGCUUCUUUCUCGCUACCUACCCAUCUCUCCAGACCAUGAGAUUGUACCCGCCAUCCCCGAUGCCCGGCAGAGGCAGCAAAGUUCCUCCCACGCUCUUCCUGAUUACACACGCUUCUCUCCCGCCAAGAUUGCCUUGCGGAGGCACCUUAACCAGGACUCCACUGCUUCUGCUCACUUGAGAGGUCCAGGGCUGACCACACACAGGGAAAUGGGUUGUGUUAACUCUCCACUCGGAGCCAAACUGAACUGCCCCUCUCCCAAUUCAUCUGAAGCCCAGAAUAAAGGUUUUGAGAGGGGCGGUAAGGAGAGGAGCCCAUCUGUUCAGGGUGACAACAGCAUCACAAGCCUUCCAAUAAGUAUCCCUCUCAGCACUGUACACCCAAGUAAACUACCAGUCAGCAUCCCUCUGGCUAGCGUGGUGCUGCCCAGUCGUGCUGAGAGACUGAGAAGUACGCCGAGUCCUGUGUCUCAGGCCGGUCAGACCAAUGGAUAUUCAUCCAGUUCAGGGCUGAUGAAUGGAGGUCCCCAUCCUGAGGACCAUAAUGGUGCUUCUUCAUCACCCCCUCCGCACUCCAACACUCCUUUAGCAGGACCGAUGGGCAGAGGAGGUCCCAUCCAGAGUCCACCACUCAGCACUGGAGGUGUGCUCCAGUAUGCAGAUGGACCCCCGAGGAUUCUUCCAGAAGAUGGACAGGAUCGCCAAGGAGGUGAAUCUGACACAGAGCCCCAGGACAGUGAACUGCGGAGGAGGAUCUUUUUCUCUUCUUCCUCCUCUUCAUCCUCGUCUUCCUCUUCGUCAGGCAGCGGAGGCAGCGCGGCCGGAGGAUCACGCCUCCACCAUCACACUGGCAACAAGCAGGGAUACCACAGUAACCAUGGAAACCACCACCAUCAAUCCCCCAGCACGCAGCACACUCACACACCCACACACAUGUCGUCAUCGCACUCCUCUCACGGCCUUGGCUCUCAAGAGGGACGUAAACGGGGGAGAAGGAAACGCAGCUCUACGGUGGCUGUCACAGCCAGCGGAUCCCCAAAGAGGAGGUCAUUCCCCGGGCUCAGCUCCAACAACCACUCCUCAGGAUCGCCACUCAACAUUAACUCCAUGGUGAACAACAUCAACCAGCCUCUGGAGAUCUCCGCCAUCUCCUCCCCAGAACAAUCAAGCCGCAGCCCCAGUGGGCCUGACCUGGACCAACCUCCCAUCUUGAAGAGAGAGCGCCCCCUGGAGCUCAAUGGCACGGGUCGCUACUCCUCUGCCCCCAGCUCUGAUGAAGAGGACUCGGGAUACCCUGCAGACAGCUCCAGUUCCCGAAUUGAAAGAAAAAUUGCCACUAUAUCCUUGGAGAGUAGAGAUGGACCUGGUAGACUAGGAGAUGGUGAAAGAGGCAGGAAGUCUGGUAGCAGCAGUGGUAACAGCACGGGCAGUGAGGCGUCCUCUUCAUCCUCCAUGUCCUCAACCAGCAAGUGGAAAUCCACCUUUUCUCCCAUCUCUGACCCCAAGCAACCCAACUCUGACCUGAGACAGGGGGGCUCUCCAUUCGGCAUGGGAGGGUCGAGCCGGGGAACAGACUCAGACUCUGACCACAAACAGCAGCAUCAGCAGGUGAGGAAAGGAAGCGAUGGAGAGUCAUCCAGCUACAUGAACCCCAACCCCUUCCUCAGUCAGGAGGCAGGGCCCCGGGGUGGAGGUGGCAGCGGCGGCGGUGGUGCCCAGGGAGGCGGCGGUUCAGACCAACGCCAGACCCUCCAGAAACAGAAGACCCCUCGUGACUGGGAGCUGAAGACGAGCAGCAACCUGGCCAGUCAGAACCUCUUCAUAUCUGCGGCUGCCAGCAGCGGUGGGGGUAUCCUGAGCGGGAAGGUGGGGGGCAGUCCUGUAGCAGUGUCCUCAACCACAGGACCCUCUGUUGGACAGUACCUGGGUUCUCAGUUCCCGCUCGGAGGGACCUCAGUCUUACAAUCCUUGUUUGGGGCUCAGACAGGUGGAUCCACGGUGGGUGGGACCACGAGGCUCGUCAAUGGACACUCUGCCCUUGGAAGCUUCUCCAGUGCAGGGCUGGCAGGGGGAGCGGCUGGAGGUAAUUGUUGAAAACUACCUCAAAAUUAAAUAAACUAUGCAAAUGUCCAGGUGUGGACCAAGGCACUCUCCUCACUCACUGGUGCUUCAAAACGUCUGCACUACCCCACCGCCUCCAAGACCGGCUUCUGUACUGGGAUCUCUGAGACUCACACGUACACACACAUACACGCACGCACACACACACACACAUGCACACACACACACACUAACCACCACUAUGGUCACCUUGAGCAGAAUUCAGAGGUACUGGUCAUGUUUAUGUGUGGAGUGUUAAAACGUUUGACAAUAGUGGCGUCAGUACUGGCUGCUGCUCAGCACUGAAUGAACUGAAUUAUUAAGAUGUCCAGUUUAAAUUAAAGGUGCUCAAUAGUACGACGGUGUCUUUUUGUGUCUUAGUUACGAUUAUAGCAACUAGCAAAAUCUGCUUUAAUAAUUCAGUGUAACAUUUAAUGACAGAUUGAAGCACAUAAUCCAUCUUUUUGAUCUGAAUCUCAUCAUGUGUCACGCUCCCUUCGAAGUCGCGGUUAAUAUGAGUGCACGUGUCUACACACUCAAACACACACAGACCAGUUCAUUGAACUCUGCUCGGAUGUCAUGCAGUUUUGCCUCUGCGUGCUCUUAUCUCUGCUCUCUUCCUUCUGCGAAAUUCUGUUUUGUUGCAAUAUACAGUACUGUGCAAAAGUCUUAGGCCACUUUGAAUUUCAUUUUAGCAGGGUUAUAAUGACCAUACAUAUUUGUUUCUCAGUAGUCUCUUUACUAAAAUACAGCCAGUAUACAGUAUUAAAAAUACAAAUAUUUCAGAAUAAAACAACCUCAUCAAGUUGCAAACAUUUACUGUGACCUCUAUUUCCACUUAGCAUGUCUUGAACUCUCGUAGGCAGGCAAUAUGAGAUUUAUAAUUCUAAUCUUCUUGUGUAAUUACACCAGGUAGCAUUCAAGACGUGUCCAAAGCUCAGUAUUGAUUGUUUGAGCUACCUUUUGUUAUGGUUGUAUGAUUCCAUGUUUCACACUAAAUAUUGAAUUGAG